UGUAAACAAACUACUCUUUCAAAAUGCGAGGAAUACAAGUGAGAACCAUGCUUUUAACAAGUGUUUAUCGGCCUUUUUCCUUCCUCCGAAUGCACCAUCAUAGAGUAUCACAGCUGUUCCAGCCCCUGACGGUGGUGCCCAAAGAUGCCGCGUUAAAGAAGGAAGAAGCGUCAUCGGCGUCUCAGAAGCUGAUGGUUAACUGUGGUAUCCUAAGUUCACGUAGUAAUGGUAUGUAUGCGUUCUUGCCACUAGGCCAACGAGCUCUUAUGAAACUAACAAAGGUGAUUGAUGAGGAAAUGGCAUCUGUCAAUGCUCAAAGACUUUCUUUACCUCUUCUGACUCCAGGCCAACUUUGGAAGAAAACAGGAAGAUGGGAGUCAACAGGUCAGGAACUGCUGAAGGUGAAAGAUAGACAUGAAAAGGAUUAUGUUCUAAGUCCUACCCAUGAAGAGGCAAUAGUCAGCUUAAUUGCUGAUGUUUAUCCCUUUUCACAUCGGCAACUACCUCUUCGUCUCUACCAGAUAACAAGUAAAAUUCGGGAUGAGAUGAAGCCCAGAUUUGGACUCUUAAGGUGCAAGGAGUUUCUCAUGAAAGAUCUAUACACUUUUGAUGAAUCAGAGGAGGCUGCUGUUUCAACCUACGUGGAAGUAUGCAAAGCUUACGACCGGGUUUUUCAGCGAAUUGGAGUUCCAUUUAUCAAAGUUGAAGGUGAUUGUGGGAAUAUUGGUGGCAGUUUUUCUCAUGAGUACCAUUAUCCAGCAGCAAUAGGUGAAGACACACUUCUUCUAUGCCAGAAAUGUGGAACUGCAACUAAUGCAGAGCUCUUGACAGAUUCCCCCAACAUUUGUUCUGGUUGUGGAGAACACUUGACAAAAACCAUGGGGAUUGAGGUGGGUCAUACAUUCUGUCUGGGAACAAAGUACUCAAAGCCAUUGAACUGUUGCUAUCAAAAUGAAAAAGGAAAACCUUCAUUGAUGCAAAUGGGCUGUUAUGGCCUUGGAGUAUCACGUAUUCUGGCUGCAACUGUUGAGGUUUUAUCACAAGAUGAACAAAUCAGAUGGCCCUGGAUUCUUGCUCCAUAUAAAGUCUGCAUCAUUAGCCCAAAGAAAGGAAGCAGAGAAGCAAAGGCAGUGUCAUGGGUCAAUCAUCUGGCACAGGUGAUCAGCAACAUUCCCUCUUUGCAAGAUGAUGUCAUCAUAGAUGACAGAGACACAUUGACAAUUGGGAAACGUGUUUUGGAAGCCAAGAAGACAGGAUAUCCCAUUAUCAUUGUUGUUGGAAGAAAAGCCUGUGAAUCAAUUCCUUUGUUUGAAGUAAUUAAUGUGCAAAAAGAAUUAACAAAAAAUCUAACUCAAAAACAAGUACUUGAAUACAUAAGAGAAUCUAUAAAGCACUGUACUUCGUAGUUCCAUGAGAGGUGUGCUGUUUUAAUUGAUGCAUUUACAUGUAAAAUUUUUUACUAUUUUACUAUCUUAUGAUAGUCUUAUGCAAGGUGAUAAGAGAAAAGUUUGAGAAUUGAAAAAAUAUAUGUUGCUGUUUCAGUAGUUUGUAAAUAUUAGUGUCCUUGCAAAGUUAUAUGUGUUAAUAGCUACAUCUAAGUGUUUGUAAACUGAUAAUUAAGGUAAAGAAAAUGUACAGUGUAUAUAAGAUCAUAAUAUAUGAAAUUGAAAUUGUUUUGAUCAGUAAUAUCAUAUACUGGGGUCCCUUGAUAUUUAUAUUAUUUAUAUUAUUUAAUACACAAUGAAAAUGGUCUCAAAUACUGCCUUUACUUUCAUCCGGUGUGCAACAAACAAACAAAAAACUACUUGUCAUAGAAUGACACCGUAAUUGUGAAAUCCAUUCAAAUUAAUGAUUUUACACACACACACACACACACACACACACACACACACACACACACACACACACACACACACUCACUCACUCACUCACUCACUCACUCACUCACUCACUCAUUCACUCACUCACUCACUCACUCACUCACUCACUCACUCACUCACUCACUC